AUGUCCAACAGCAGCUGCAUCACACAGUUCCUCCUGCUGGCAUUCGCAGACACACGGGAGCUGCAGCUCUUGACCUUCUGGCUCUUCCUGGGCAUCUACCUGGCUGCCCUCCUGGGCAAUGGCCUCAUCAUCACUGCCAUAGCCUGUGACCACCACCUCCACACCCCCAUGUACUUCUUCCUUCUCAACCUCUCCCUCCUCGACCUGGGCUCCAUCUCCACCACUGUCCCCAAAGCCAUGGCCAAUUGCCUCUGGGACACCAGGGCCAUCUCCUACACGGGGUGUGCUGCCCAGGUCUUGCUUUUCUUUUUCUGUGCUGCAGCAGAGUUUUAUCUUCUCACCGUCAUGGCCUAUGACCGCUAUGUUGCCAUCUGCAAACCCCUGCACUACGGGACCCUCCUGGGCAGUAGAGCUUGUGUUCACAUGGCAGUGGUCGCCUGGGGCAGUGGGUUUCUCAAUGCUCUGCUGCAAACUGCCAACACAUUUUCACUCCCACUCUGCCAUGGCAAUGCUGUGGCCCAUUUCUUCUGUGAAAUCCCUCAGAUCCUCAAGCUCUCCUGCUCAAACGCCUACCUCAGGGAAGUCUGGCUUACUGUAGCUAGCAUCUGUUUAGCUUUUGGCUGUUUUGUUCUCAUUGUGGUGUCCUAUGUGCAGAUCUUCAGGGCUGUGCUGAGAAUCCCCUCAGAGCAGGAGCGGCACAAAGCCUUUUCCACCUGCCUCCCUCACCUGGCCGUGCUCUCCCUGGUUAUCAGCACCUCAUUCUUUGCCUAUCUGAAGUCCCCAUCUAUCUCCUCCCCAUCUCUGGAUCUGGUGGUGUCAUUUCUGUACUCGGUGGUGCCUCCAGCGGUGAAUCCCCUCAUCUACAGCAUGAGGAACCAGGAUCUCAAGAAUGCACUCCUGCACAUCGUCUCCUUCCUGAAGCUGCCCGCCCUGCUGGGACGGGGCCAGACCUGCCGCUGCCUCCACAAGGGCUGUGACAGUGAGGCCGCCUGGCACCUCCUCUGCACCGCUCUCUGCCCCACCACUGCCAGCGCACAGCCCUGCAAGAGGGCCACCAUCCUCAGCU